AAGAAUAAAAAAGAAAUGCAGAGCUUAAAAUAUGAAAAAGGAACUGAAGAUAAAAAGAGAAAGUGCGGCUAACUGCUGACAUCACCCACUCAAGAAUCCAGAUCUUGCAGCUCAAAGAAGCUUCUUUUUACAGUCUUCUCUCUCUCUACUUGCAGAGUUUUGUGGAACAAAACCCGGAGAUGAAUUGGGAGGAAGAAAACAGCACCGGCAAAACAGCACAAUGAGCGUUCAUGGUUUCCGUCAUUUGUUGAUUCUGUCUUUUGUUGUCGCAGCAACAACGUUUUUCACGCCGGGGUACAGUACAGGGCCGGAGAAUAGCAGAAGAAUUCUUCAUCAGCCGCUGUUUCCGGUGGGUUCAGAGCCGCCGGCGGGAACAGACUCGGCCCCUCCGCCACCGCCGCCGCCUCCGCCGCCGGAUCCUGUAUUGCCUAGCCCCGAGCAGCCCUUCUUCCCGGAAGUUCCCGGCGGGCAGAGUCCAGAUCAGAAUUUACAGCCGCCGCCGCUGCCAGCUCAGCAGAAUGAGUCGCCGGUGUCGAACCCAAUCGCCUCGCAGCCGUCGCGGCCGGUCAAGAAAGUGGCAAUUGCGUUAUCGGUUGGGAUUGUGACCUUGGGAAUGUUAUCCGCUCUCGGAUUUUACCUCUACAAACACCGCGUGAAACGCCCCGAUGAAUCUCAAAAACUCGUAGGCGACGGCGGCGGCGGCUCGCAGAGGAUGAAUGAGGAGUCGAGAAUGCCGCCGUCAACUUUUCUGUACAUUGGGACGGUGGAGCCGUCAACUCGGACGUCCGUUAGUGGGACCAACGAGGCUAACGGGUCGCCGUAUCGGAAACUGAGUUCCGUGAAAAGAUCCGAUCGGUACCGGCCGAGUCCCGACCUUCAGCCGCUGCCGCCGCUGAGCAAGCCGCAGCCGCCUCCCGAUAUCACCUCUCCGCCGGCAAUGUCGUCGUCCGAUGAAGAGAGCCGCGACACCGCGUUUUACACGCCGCAAGGCUCCACCGUCAGCAACGAUGACGGCUACUACACUCCCGUUUCGCGGCGGAGCCACGCAAAAGCGGAGGCGCGUGGUCAUAAUAAUAAUAAUCAUAAUUCUUCUUCUACUCCUCAUUCAAAGAGAACUUCUCCGAAAUCACGCCUCUCUGCUUCUCCGUCGGAUAUAAAGCCGGCGAUUAUACCGUCAAUCAAACAAUCUCCGGCGCCGUCGCAAUAUGAUAGACCAACGAUGCCGUACAUUCCUAAAAGGGCAAAAUUCUCAUCACCGCCUCCGCCGCCAGAUAUGGCGCGGCUUCAAUUAAUAAGCGGCCAAACUCAGCAACCGUCAAAACUCCCAGUUCCUCCACCUCCGCCGCCACCACCACCACCGCCGCCGCCGCCGCCGCCGUCAGCACCUCGGAAAUUAGCAAUUUCCCAGAAAAACUCCCCGCCAUUGGCUCCAUCUGAACCGGCAAAGCAAGAAUCCCUUCCCAGCCCCAAAACACCACAAGACAGUGCGAAAACAAGCCCUUCCGGCGAAACAGAACGAGGUCCCAGCACGCUGGAGAGGUGCGAUUCCGACGACAUAGACGGCUCAAAACCAAAGCUGAAACCUCUGCACUGGGACAAAGUCCGAGCAACAUCCGAUCGCGCCACCGUCUGGGAUCAGCUCAAAUCCAGCUCCUUCCAACUGAAUGAGGACAUGAUGGAAUCGCUCUUCGGCUGUAAUUCUGCAAAUUCAGUCCCGAAAGAAACCAUUAAGAAACCCAAAUCCGUUCUCCCUCCGGCUGAGCAGGAAAACAGAGUUCUUGACCCAAAGAAAUCCCAGAACAUAGCAAUCCUGUUGAGAGCACUGAAUGUGACAAAGGAGGAGGUUUCUGAAGCACUUCUAGAUGGAAAUCCAGAAGGAUUGGGUCCUGAGCUUUUGGAGACUUUGGUGAAGAUGGCUCCAACCAAGGAGGAGGAAAUUAAACUAAGAGACUGCAGAAGUGAUGCCUCAAAACUGGGAUCUGCAGAACGGUUCCUCAAAACAGUUCUUGAUGUCCCAUUUGCAUUCAAAAGAGUGGAAGCAAUGUUGUACAGAGCAAAUUUUGAAUCAGAAGUGAACUAUUUAAGGAAGUCCUUUCAAACUCUUGAGGAAGCAAGUGAAGAAUUGAAGAACAGCAGGUUAUUCCUGAAGCUCUUAGAAGCUGUGCUAAGAACAGGAAACCGCAUGAACACGGGCACUAACCGUGGUGAUGCUAGAGCUUUUAAGCUUGACACUCUUUUGAAACUGGUAGAUAUAAAAGGAACAGAUGGGAAGACAACCUUGCUUCAUUUUGUGGUCCAAGAGAUAAUCAGGUCGGAAGGGGUUGAUUCGAAUCCCGCCAACGAAAACCUCCCAAACAAACCAAACAUGAAGCCGAGAGAGGAAGAUCUCAAGAGGCAAGAGCUGCAGGUUGUUGCAGGGCUGAGCCGGGAGCUUGGCAAUGUCAAGAAAGCAGCGGGAAUGGACUCAGACGUCCUGCACAGCUACGUUUCCAAGCUCGAGACCGGGCUUGGGAAGGUUAGAAUGGUGUUGGAGCUCGAGAAACCAGGCGUGUCAGGCAAGUUUUUUGAGUCAAUGAAGAUGUUUCUGAAAGAGGCAGGAGAUGAAAUCAUUAGGAUCAAGGCAGAAGAGCGAAAGGCCUUGUCUGUGGUGAAGGAAGUGACCGAGUAUUUCCAUGGCGACGCUGCCAAAGAGGGAGCUCAUCCCUUCAGAGUCUUCAUGAUUGUAAGGGAUUUCCUCUCCAUCUUGGAUAACGUCUGCAAAGACGUCGGGAAGAUGCACGACAGAACAGUCGUGGGCUCCGCCAGAUCCUUCAGAAUACCAGCAAACGCCUCGCUCCCAGUCUUGAGCAGAUAUAAUGUCAGACAUAACAGAAGCUCAGAUGAUGAUAGCAUGUCACCAUGAUCCAUUCCAAUGAAAAACCACAAUUUUUGUGCAAUUUAAUGAUUCAAGCAGCCUAUGCAGCAGCAAGAAUGUGAAGAACAUGCUUGAAUCAACCGGCACUGGCCACACAUGGAAGGCUAAAGCCUAGAGACCAACCAGAACCAGCACAGGAAAAACAAGAAUAAAACGUCGUCACAGUAGUAUUUGGGAUUCGAUGGGGGUGACGAGAUACAAAAGUUGAAUAUAUACAAGUAUAGCUAUAGGUAAGAAUGCUAUUUAUCAGCUGUAUACAUAGUAUAAGAGAAACAUAAAACAUCAAUCCUAGGCAUCAUCAUAGUCCUGAUUUCAUAGGAUUAUUUAUUGUUUUGUUCUUUCUUGUACCUUUAUCAAUUGGCACCACAGCUGGGAAAAAGCUAAAGAUUUCACUUUUUGUAA